UGAGACAUUUCAACAACUUAACACAAAUCUCGAUGAUAUUCGAACGAUGGUGUCAUCACAUUUACAGAGUGAGGGAACUGGAGCUUUCUCCAUCUCUCGAAGUAGAUCAGGUACGCGAGGUAGACCAGCAAUUCAAAUAACGCAUGACCAAAUUGAAAUUUUAAUGAAACAAGAUCACACAGUGAAGCGAAUGGCAAGAAUAUUGGGGUGCUCCUCCUCAUUCCUGUACAAGAGGUCCAAGUUGCUUGGUUUGUCAGUCAGGAGCAGAAUGGCAGGAGUGGAUGAUGAAGAACUUGAAAAUGUAGUAAGACGACUUCAGUGCCAGUAUCCAAAUUCUGGGAAUGAGAUGAUGCGAGCCUUGCUGAUAGUAGAAGGAUUGAGGGUUUCACGGCAUAGGGUGCGUGAGAUGUUGGUUCGUGUCAACCCGGCAGCUGCUGCAAGGAGAUGGAGUAGCACAGUGGCUCGAAGAAUGUAUCACGUGCCCUUUCCCAACAGUCUGUGGCACAUUGAUGGCAACAUGCGCCUCAUAAGAUGGGGCUUUGUGAUUCACGGUGCCAUUGAUGGAUAUUCACGACUUAUCACGUACCUAAAUUGCAACACCGACAACUGUGCCAGCACCGUACUUUCUCAGUGUAUACAGGCAACAUGCUUUUAUGGCCUACCCUCUAGGGUAAGGUCAGAUCAUGGAGGUGAGAACUUACAAGUGGCCUUCUUCAUGAACCUUGUACUAGGACUUCAGCGCCGGAGUCACAUCACCGGUGAAUCGAUUUGA